UUUGCUUGUGACCAAAUUCAUCAGAUUUUAUUAUUGUUCCAGAUUUUUGCAUUGUUAUUAUUUUUCGUGGCGGGCUAUUGUUACGGCGCUCCCGACCCUUACUACCCCCAACCAGACCCAUACGCCACGCCGCCACCAUGGAGAGGCCCGAUUCACGUCCCCGUCCUACGGCCCGACGGGGUACCACGAGAACCUCCGGAAGUAGAAGCCCAAAGGCAACACCACUUGGCUAAAGUCAACGAAGCUUACGCAACGGCCGCUCCCAAAGUAGGAGUGUGGCAGGGUGGCUACAAUAACCCAGCUCCCCAGUCGCAAUGGAAUCCCCCAGCCCAAUCGCAAUGGAAUCCGCCCCCGUCCAACCAGUGGAACCAGAAUCGCUGGAACGGACGACUGCCCGAAUUCGGCCCAAACGGGCAGGUGAAAGAAACACCGGAAUUUGAGGCAAUCAAGCAACAACACCUCGCCGAAUACAGUCGUGCCUUGGCCAGGUCAGGAGCGCCGCAAUAUUAUUAAAAUUGUUGGUAUAUCAUCAGCAAAUUUUUAUUUUGUAAAUAGUUUAAGUAUUUGUGCAAUAAAUAACAUAGUUUAAGGUGAA